GUCUUAGCAGAAAACAUGUCUCCAUAACACACCCCCACUAACCUGAGACGAAUCCAUUUUUACAUUUAGUGAAGGUACAGAUAUCACAACUAUGUGCAUCACAGACUAUAGUAAGUCAUUUGACAUCAGUUUUAUUUCUUUAAACCUUAAUGAUGUUGACUGUCAUAUAACCCUCCCUUGAUGAAUAGGUGGCAUAAAAUUAAUGGUUUCUUUGCAUACAGAAAUAUAAGGGCAUGGAAUCAACCCCAUCACCGAAACUAAAUGAAUAUUUCCUUUCCAAUUCCUUUCACAAAUGGAUGUCACAUUUUUAAGGUGGAGCUCGUGGGUGGGUGUUUUGUUCUUUUGCAUCUCUAUUGUUUUUCAUAAAAUGCAUUAGCACUGUAAUUUAUUUACACUGCUAUAAGUGCAUGUACAGUACAAAACUAUAUUUCAAUACAAGGUUAGGUUUCAACAUUGUAGGGAUCAGAUCAGACCCUAACCCCCCCGUCCCCCUAAACACAUAUGAUACUCCUACAAUUUUGGCAUGGACAAGUCCCUGCCGUCCACAUUCAAAUCUACACCCUUGCUUCAAUAAAAUAACCGGUUAUGAACUUGUUCUUCAGAAGACGCCUUUAACAGACACUGGUGAAUGCUCAGUGAGUGUACUCUAAAGGACCGAGUGCCCUUUUGUCGCCUUAAGGUUUAAUAAAGGUCUUCGUCUCUAAUUAAGCGCAUACCCAGGACCGGUAAUACUUGGGUUUCGGGCCACAGGACUGUCGCGCGGAUUGAAUCGCUAGAGCUUCGCGACGCAGGAGCCCUCUGUUGGAAAGCAGGGAGACCGGUCUGGUAACACGAUCCAGCACGCCCAACCCCCUCCAUCAUCCCCAUCUCCGGAUUUAACAUGGCUUCUGGCUCCGAUGGGGUUUCCAGAAAUCAAACCUGAAGGCAUUUUUUAAAAGGAGAAUAGGACGGCCCUAAAUUAAAAAGAAACCCUGAAAAAGUCCAAAAAAAGUGGGAAGCACUCGGGUAGGCUCCCAGUAUGCUAUGAGAUCGUGACACUGUCUCUGAAGAAGAAGAUGGCUGCAGAGUUGUACCCUGCAAGCACACACACCAGCCUCCCGAAUAACGGCACCGCGGUUACUGCCACCGCAAAGAAGAGCGUGGUGCAGGUCACGCAGACCGCGAGUGAGGCCACCACCACCGCCGCCCAGCAAAACAUCAACAACAACAACGUCGAGACCUGCAGCUGGCAGUGCUCUCAUCCCACGCUGCGGGAGAGGAAUGCAUUAAUGUUUAACAACGAGCUCAUGGCAGACGUCCACUUCAUUGUUGGUCCUCCGGGCGAGGCGCAGAAAGUCCCCGCACACAAGUACGUGCUGGCAGUGGGCAGCUCCGUGUUCUGCGCGAUGUUCUAUGGAGACCUGGCCGAGGGAGAGUCCGAAAUUCACAUCCCAGAUGUAGAGCCCGCUGCAUUUCUAAUUCUGUUGAAGUACAUGUACAGCGAUGAGAUCGACCUGGAGGCUGACACAGUGCUGGCCACCCUGUACGCUGCCAAAAAGUACAUAGUGCCGGCCCUGGCCAAGGCUUGCGUGAACUUCCUGGAGACCAGCCUGGAGGCCAAGAACGCGUGUGUGCUGCUGUCGCAGAGCCGGCUCUUCGAGGAGCCUGAGCUGACGCAGCGCUGCUGGGAGGUAAUUGACGCCCAAGCUGAGCUAGCCCUGCGCUCCGAGGGCUUCUGCGAGAUUGACCGGCCCACCCUGGAGAUCAUCCUCACGCGGGAGACCCUCAACACUACGGAGGCUGUGGUCUUCGAGGCCGUUCUGAACUGGGCUGUGGCUGAGUGCAAGCGGCAGGGGCUCCCCCCCACCACACGCAACAAGCGGAACGUCUUGGGCCGGGCACUCUACCUGGUGCGGGUCCCCACCAUGACGCUGGAGGAGUUUGCUGAUGGCGCAGCUCAAUCGGACAUUCUGACACUGGAGGAGACGCAUGACAUCUUCCUGUGGUACACGGCGGUCAACAAGCCCAAGUUGGACUUUCCUCUGACCCAGCGAAAGGGGCUCUCGCCCCAACGGUGUCACCGUUUCCAGUCCUCAGCGUACCGCAGUAACCAGUGGCGUUACAGAGGGCGCUGCGACAGCAUCCAGUUCGCUGUGGAUAAGCGCAUCUUCAUAGCGGGGCUGGGCCUGUAUGGCUCCAGUGGCGGCAAGGCCGAGUACAGUGUCAAGAUCGAACUUAAGCGCCAGGGAGUGACUCUGGCCCAGAACUUGACUAAGUUUGUCUCGGAUGGGUCGAGUAACACGUUCCCGGUGUGGUUCGAGCACCCGGUGCAGGUGGAACAGGAUGCCUUCUACACAGUCAGUGCCAUCUUGGAUGGUAAUGAGCUCAGCUACUUUGGGCAGGAGGGCAUGACGGAGGUGCAGUGCGGAAAGGUGACCUUCCAGUUCCAGUGCUCUUCAGACAGCACCAAUGGCACUGGGGUACAGGGAGGGCAAAUCCCCGAGCUGGUGUUCUAUGCAUGAGUCAUGCUCUGCGCUUGCCCUCCAUCAGUGAGAAACCGACACAAGCCUUUGCCUUCGGAGUAAUGUAGCAGAGCACAAACUAUGGGACACUGAACACCUGUUCACUUGGUAACAGACUGGUCCAUUUCUAAGAUGAAGGAAUGCUCUUCAACUAUUUAUUUAAAAGAGAAGCUGAUAUUUGAUUAAUGAUUAUUGCUGCAGCAUGCAGUCCAGCGUAUGAAGUUUCACUGCACUUCUAGUGGACAGGCCCGGGGUAGUGCACUGUUUUGUACAUUAAUUAAGAGCUAAUUGUUUACAGCUUAAAGCUGAUUGACAAAAUGUUCUGUAUUAGAGCUCAUGAACUUGCAAAACCAUAAAAACGGUUGGUGACUAUU